UAGCUUCGUUCGUUCUUAAAGUUUUUGUUUGCUGGCACCUUCAUACUGUUCUAUGUUCAUUGCAUUAAUCAUGAACACCGUGAUAUGCAGAUCGACAGGUUUUCUGAUUAGUUGAAAGUGAGAUUCAAAAUAAUGAAGUAGGACACGCCAUACUCAUUCCCGUAGACUUACACGCGUCCAGUGCUCACCAAUAUAUCCGCAACAGUAGCAUCCCAGCAGUCGUUUUCCGGGUUGUCUCAAAAGAAGCGGAAUUGGUUAAUACCAGUUAUGACAUACCAAAGUCCUACUCAUCAGAUACAUUAUAAUGGGAUUGUGCUGCAGCCAGAAACGAACAACUCGGCAGUCGUCUGUCCCUUAUAUCUCUUCAGAAGAAUCAGAGAAGGACGAGGAAGUGCAUCCAGUUGUUGAAUUAAAGCCGAGUGCAGACACGGAGGUAGCCGGUGAAUUGUCAGCAGAGACACUAGCGGUAAAGCCUUCAGCAAUUGAAGUAAAGGAAAGUGCACAAUCACUCGAUGACGUAGAGAGAGCCAAUCGAGAAGCACGCGAGAGAGCAGAGCAAGAAGCACUCGAGAGGGCAAGGCAAGAAGAACUCGAGAGGGCAAGGCAAGAAGAACUCGAGAGGGCAAGGCAAGAAGAACUCGAGAGGGCAAGGCAAGAAGCACUCGAGAGAUCGAAGCAAGAAGAACUCGAGAGAGCGAAGCAAGAAGAACUCGAGAGCGCUAAGCAAGAAGAAGAACCCGAGAGCGCUAAGCAAGAAGAAGAACCCGAGAGAGCAGACGAAGAUUCAUUGAGCCUAGCUAGCCUGGAUUCGCUCGAUGAAUUGGAGAGAGCAAGGUUGGCAGCAGCGGAGCUUGCCCGCAGGAAAAGGAUGAUUAGGGAUGCACUCUUACUGUUGUUUUUUAUUGUUGGUGUCAGUGCUACCAUGUAUUAUUUCAUUUAUUCCCCAGUGACUUCUCCUAAAACUCACAGUGCUGUAAGCUUUAUAUGCAGGCUUAAAAAAAGAAAGUGAGACAGACAAGAUUUGAAUCUGUAUUGACAUCAGAGGAACACACUCUCUCUCUCUCUCUCUCUCUCUGUCUCUCUCUCUGUCUCUGUCUCUGUCUCUGUCUCUGUCUGUCUGUCUGUCUGUCUCUCUCUCUCUCUCUCUCUCUCUCUCUCUCUCUCUCUCUCUCUCUCUCUCUCUCUCUCUCUCUCUCUCUCUCUCUCUCUCUCUCUCUCUCUCUCUCUCUCUACCUCUACCUCUACCUCGAUCAGGACCCGUGCUUAUAAAGCUUUUGUAGUCUAACUCAAAUCACUAAUCAUAUCAUAGAGAACAAAAUGUGUAUGGCGUUGCCAUAGCGUUGGAUUAUCUGAGUCUUGAGUCUAGACUCCACACGUUUUGUAAGCACCAGGAUGGUAUUCGUGUUUGGGGGUACUGUUCUGAUCCUGUAACCAGGGGAGAUAACAUCUAUGUAUACCUGGAGGAAUAGCAUCAGGUGAAUCAAGUUAUAAAUGUGUACAAUCUCGAUUAUCAUUUAUACAUCAUAUUAUGUGGAAUUUGUCGACUAAAAUCAAAAGCGCCCGACUUAAAAAAUAGAAAAUAAUUUGUAAGGUUAGGGUCUAUCUUCCUUUCUUGUUAUCCAGUGGGUCACGACCUGUGUAUAUCAAAGGUCGUGGAACGUGUUGUCCUGUCAGGAAAUGUACGUAUAAAAGGUUCCUUGCUGCAGUGAGACAGAAAUAUCCUAUGUGGCGGGUUUUCACUCUUAUUAAGUAGAUCAAGUGCUAAGAUAACCAUACAUUAGGCAGCUAUUUGUAACUGUUGUAUACGCAUCAACGUUAAGGGUUAGUUGAUGUGUUUGGUAAUUUCUUUCCAGUGUAGAGGCGGGAUUUAGCUCAGUCGGUUGAGCACCCGCUUGAGGUGCUUGCGUCGCAGGAUCGAACCACCUCAAUAGAUCCGUUCAACUGACUGGGUUUUUUUCUCGUUCCAACCAGUGCACAACAACU